UGGAUACACAUGCACGACUUGGAUGGAUGUGUCCUGAUUCAAUUUGUGCGACUACAUGUCAAAAUAAUCCUGAAGAUGUGAAAGUUUACAUACACCGAGCCAUCACUGAAUCUCGGAAUACGGGCAUAGAUAUUCUUGUUGCUCCUUAUUAUGAAGCUUAUCAUUGGGUGUUGCUUGUGGUUUGGAUCUCUCGCGGCAUAAUUUUUAUGUAUGAUUCGCUCCGGACUAGCCCGAUGCGUCGCUUAUUAAUCAUGCCAUUGUUCAGCAGUGUUUUUAGAAAUAUUUGUGGUGGUGGACAAGUGAAAAAGAUAACUUGGAAACAGAUGAAGUGCGCAAAACAAACGGGUGGUUUGGAAUGUGGAUUUUAUAUAAUGAGAUUCAUGUUUGAUGUUGUUAAAAGUAUCGCUGAAGGUCACGAUCUGGAUCAGGUU